GAAAGAAGGCAGCUCCCUGCAAUUUUACAGCGUCAAUUGAAAUUUGUUUGAGAGGUUUCGUUCUGGGUGGGUUGUAGCAUUUUAAAUUGUGAAGUCAAGAUGAAUCUGAUAGAAGAAAAUAUUUACCGGGCAAAAAUAGCAGAGCAAGCUGAGCGUUAUGAAGACAUGGUAACGGCCAUGAAAAAAGUAGUGGAAGAAAUGGGAGAUAAGGCGCUAAAUCAUGAGGAGAGAAAUCUGCUGUCGGUUGCUUAUAAGAACGUGGUCGGUGCACGGCGAUCUGCGUGGCGAAUUAUUUCAAGCAUAGAGCAGAAAUCAGACAAGGAUAAACCGGAAAACGAGGGAAAAUACCAAUUCGCCGAAGAGUACCGUCAGAAGAUUGAAGGUGAAUUGAAAGAAAUGUGUAAUGAAGUUCUAGAGUUGAUCGAUCGUUACCUCCUUCCCAAAGAAGAAGAAGGAACUAGUACGGCGCAGUUAGAGGCGAAUGUGUUUUACCUGAAGAUGAAGGGCGAUUACUAUCGCUACCUGGUUGAGAUUGAAAAAGAUGAGGAGAGGGAAGCAGUUGGGGGAAAAUCGAACGACGCUUACAAGUUGGCUCAGGAGAAGGCUAAAGCGGGCUUGAGUCCCACUCAUCCCAUACGGCUUGGCUUGGCGCUGAAUUACUCGGUGUUCUACUACGAAAUCCAAAACGACCCUGAGGAAGCCUGUAAGUUGGCAAAAUCUGCGUUCGAUGAAGCGAUAGGAGAACUAGACAGUGUAGCAGAAGAUACUUACAAGGACAGCACGUUGAUAAUGCAACUCCUUCGUGACAAUUUAACACUGUGGCAGUCGGAACAGGAUGAUAGAGACGGAGAAUGAAAUCGUUACAAUUUGUCAGUGCAAGUCCGCUCUUUAUGCCUGGAACCAAACGACUGGGUGAUUAUCUGUGUAUACUGGACAGGAGAUAAUGAUACAGACAUAUUCUUUCAAAUUCUAGUCAAACGGAUUUUGGACGAUUUAGAAAUAGUAUAGGUUGUUACGUAUUUACCUUUCCCUCUGUACAUUGUUGGUUGAAUUUCAGUUAUACUUCACAAGCAGUUGAACUAUGCGAUGCUAAACAAGUAUUUGUAUUUAAAUAGCUAGGCGAUUCGAAACCGUCCAGAGAAAUUGAAGUGUGUUUAUCUGUUCCUAACGAGGGAUGAUACGAUGUUGUGUAUGGAAGUGAAUUAAAGUUUGUUUACUGCGUCAA